GUAGACACAUUUACAGAAUAAAGAAACAAAUCUCACUCCGUACGUAAAUGGAACGAAACGGAACAGUUCGCGCAGGCGCGUUUCAUUGUUUUGACUGAAAAUGCCGUCGGUUUCGAAAACGGCGGCGAACGCUUCUCCUCAAACCGAGAAACCAACCCACUAUACAUAUUUGAAGGAGUUUAGGACCGAACAGUGCCCUCUCUUCUUGCAGCACAAGUGCACACAACAUAGACCUUUUACAUGUUUUCAUUGGCAUUUCCUCAACCAGAGGCGACGACGACCGAUUAGAAGAAGAGAUGGAACUUUUAACUACAGCCCUGACGUUUAUUGCACAAAAUAUGACGAGACUACGGGCAUUUGUCCAGAUGGAGAGGACUGUCCUUAUUUGCACCGGACCACUGGUGACACAGAGCGCAAGUACCAUCUUCGCUAUUACAAGACUGGUACCUGUAUCCAUGAAACUGAUGCCCGCGGGCACUGCGUGAAGAACGGCCUGCACUGCGCCUUUGCCCAUGGCCCACAUGAUCUCCGCCCCCCUGUCUACGAUAUCAGAGAGAUCCAGGCACAGGAAGCCCUCCAGAAUGGCCAGUUGGGAUCUGGAGAGGGUAUCCCUGAUCUACAGCCUGGAGUACUGGCCAGCCAAGCCAUGAUAGAGAAGACUCUUACAGAGGACCCCCGGUGGCAAGACACCAAUUUUGUUUUAGCGAACUACAAAACAGAGCAGUGCACCAAGCCUCCACGACUAUGCAGGCAGGGCUAUGCCUGCCCUCACUACCACAAUAGUAGAGACAGAAGACGAAAUCCACGCAAGUUCAAAUACAGGUCAACUCCGUGUCCCAAUGUGAAACAUGGGGAUGAGUGGGGCGAGCCAUCGAAGUGUGACAGUGGAGACAGCUGUCAAUACUGUCACUCACGCACUGAACAGCAGUUCCACCCAGAGAUCUACAAAUCCACCAAAUGCAAUGACAUGAGGCAAACUGGUUAUUGUCCUAGAGGGCCAUUCUGUGCGUUUGCGCAUGUAGAAAGAAUUCCCUCCACGGAAGAGACCAUGAACUCGUUGCUAACAGCGAUGCAGUCGGGCUCCCAGGCCAAGCUGGGCUCUCAGCAGUAUUCAGAGUGUCCGGUCAGCGAGUGGGGCAGCAGUGCACACUCCAUCAGCAGCAUCAACAACGGCCAAGUGGGGAAUGUUUCAUAUUCUAAUAGUCCGACUGUAACGCCAAGCUCAGGAAGCAACAGUUCAUUGUCCCCAAUCGGACCCAUCGGCAGGUCCAAAUGCUUAACUAAUGGUAGCUUAUGUUCAGAGUCCACCACGUCAAGUGUGUCAUCUCUGACGUCUAACUAUCCCAAAGCGCCGGGCUUUGAACGCGAGGAUCAGAUAAAGAACUAUAAGGGACAUAUCGAUCAAAAGAUGAUGGACCAAGACAAGCAGACACACAAUAGUGUAUUCUCUGGGAUGAACCCUCUGGCAUCCAGCAUAACCUCCAGUAUAGAAUCUAGCCUGGCCUCCAGUAUUGGAUCAGAUAGUUCCUCACCCACCACCUUAUCAACAAUGAAUGCAAAAGCAACCCCAUUCUAUCCUGGGAGCAAUACUGUGGAGUCAGUUAUAGGUUCUGCACUUGACCUGAAUUUUUGUGACAUCAAUGUUGCCUCUCUUGAUAAAGAGUUUGAGGAGCAAGAAAACAACAGUCUUGGUUUAAGUCAAAGGAUGUUGGGAGGAUCUGCUCCGGUCAACAUUCCUGGCUCCCUUGCACGGUCUUCUUCAUUGAAUUCCAACUCCUCGCUCUCUGCAUCCCCUCUGAGCUCUCUCUCCCAGUCCCUGUCCCAGUGCCUGUUGUCAGGAAUGGCUCCACAGCAGACUCAACCUCAGGGCCUGCUAACCAAACCUGAGCAUGGCCUUCUGGGAACACCUACCUCCUCUCAGAACUCUCUGGGUUUGAAUGGGGGAGCUAGCAGCAUAUGGGACUUUGUGAGUGGCAACUUCUCUCCCAGCCCAUCACCAGUGUUCAGCAGCCUGGGCUCCACCACUGUGAGCAGCAGCGCUGAUCUGAACCGGCUCUUCAGGGAGCUGGACGAGGCCAAGAGGAAGAUCAAGCAAUGGGAAGACGCGUGGCACCAGGUCAAGCAGGCAUGUGAGGCCUGGCAGAAAGACUCCCAUGAUGCAAAAGAACAAGCAAAGUCAGUCGAGGCGGAGCGGCAGCUGGCAGAGCAGACGCGAGAGGACACGGAGCGCAAGCUGAAGGAGCUCCAGGGGGACUUUGACGUGCUGUGUCGCUCCCCUGGCACACCCCUGCUUAGAAGCUAUGGAGACCUGGACCAGCUCCCUCUACCAAAGCUCCACUCCAUCCAGAGCCAGCUGCGCACUGAUCUAGACCUUAUAGACGGGGUAUUAUAUCAGCUUCAGUCAAAGAAAUGUAUAGUUUGCCAAACGCAUGAUCGUUGCAUAGUCCUGCAGCCUUGCCAACAUUAUGUACUUUGUAAGAACUGUGCACCUAGUAAAUCAGAAUGUCCAUACUGUAAGACAAAAAUAUUGAAGUGGUGAUGUACAAUUAUUCAAGGUACUACUUAAGGAAUUUGCCCUUUGAAGAACUACUAAUACAUGCUUACAUUUUAUAAAUAGCAUUUUGUUUCACUUUCAUAUAGUAAUUCAAUUAAUAGUUUAAUUUGAACUACAUAAAUUGUGUUUGUUAAAUCAAGUACUUAAAUGUAAUGUUAUUUUGUAUUGUAAAGGAUCACUUACAUUUUCCAAAAGUUUGGGCAUCCAUUGUUCAAGUGGGCCUAAUUUGACUUUAUCACUGAAACACAUCAGUCAAACAUUAUUAUUAGUUUUGCAAUCAUCUUUGUGAAGAUUGAUUUCUUGUAAAGCACUUUGUUGACCUGGGAAUUUGUUAAAGGGUAUUUUAGAAAUGAGCUUUGAGCUGUUUUUGUUAGAUUUAUAUAUAUUUUUUCUUAAUAUGCUAAUGUGUCUCGCUUUUGUGUGUACUGUGAAACAUACUAGAAUAUUUCAUGUUUCCUAUUGUUAAAUCAUGGUAUAGUUCUAUAUAUCUUGUUAGUUUUCAUAGAAAAGUGCUAAACAAUAGUUUCUACUUUUCAUUCUUUAAUUUAUACCUUUCUGUCAAAGUACACACUUUUGAAUGCAUUUUAGGCAUAACCAGCAGCUGUAAUCUCAGUAAGGCACAUUUAUGCUAAAGCAGUUAGGAAAUCAAUUACUGUGUCUUUUAGUGAUUACUGAAUUGUUCAUUAUGUAGUUGUUAGAGGAGCAUGUCUUGAUGUACAUAAGUCUGACAUGGUGAAUUUGAUAGGAUUCCUACUAGCUCUCAAACAUGUCUAGAACUUAUCUGAUACUUGGCUUCUACUCUAGUCUCAAGUGCCUUGCCUUAGAUGAUAACCAUGACCAUCGAUUCUUAGAGGAUUGUUGUAAAAGCAGACACAGGUAGUCAAAGCCUCUGCACAUAUAUCUACUUAAUAUUGUUACUUUGCAUCAUGUGUAUUGCCCAAUCCUAUGUCAAAGUAUUUCCUCAGAUUAUAGUUGUAUGAAGAUAUACAUCUUGUCAGUGCCUGUGUCCUGACUUCACGCAUACAAAACAUAAAACAAUAUAUUUUCCUUGUCUACACAGGCAAUGGUGCUUUUUGAUGCGGCUUCAGUAUAAUUUCAAAUGACCAUUUUUGAUUUAGUGUUUGGGAGUAUGCAAGCAAGGAAACAACUCUGGUCUUGUUUGUAAACCAGAUAAAAACAGGCUAUACAUUUUAGACUGGUGUUUAUUGUAAGGUGCAUCAUUGGUGUUGAACCUGUAAGUUGUGUUUUCAAAUAUGACAGUGUAAUGUGCUUAGCUAGGUUAAUCUAAUUGAAAUGACCUUCUACUGUGUUCAAAAUGUAUUUUUCCUCACUCUAUAUCUUGGUCCUUUUAAUAUUUGCAGCAAUUAGUAUGUUCAGUAGAAAGAACCUUAUAUAUUCCCAGGUACACGAUUUGUAACUUAGUUUGAAAAAUUGAGAAAUACAAUUGUUUACAUUUACAUGGAUGGUAAUUCAGAGAAAAACAAAACUUGUGUUUCUCCUAAAAUAAAAAAGGUAUUGUGAUCCCUCAUGUUUAUCAAGUUAAAAUGGCAGGUGAAACAAUUUUAUUGCAUGUCUUAUAAUCGUCAUACGUUAACCAGCUACAAAUCUAGAUCACUGCCAGAUAUAUUUGUAUUGUCAGUCUAGCAUACUGUAGAGUCGAUCACUUCACUUUUGCAAGCUUUGUUGCUGCUGAGAGAAAGAUGUAAACAUAUAGUUGUAAUGCAUUUAGAUUCUUGAAUGUUAUUGUGCAUACACAGUUCAGACAUCAGUACAUUAUUUUACUUAUAUACACACACACACACACACACACACACACAGUGGGGAGAACAAGUAUUUGAUAUACUGCCGAUUUUGCAGGUUUUCCCACUUACAAAGCAUGUAGAGGUCUAAUUUUUAUCAUGGGUACACUUCAACUGUGAGAGACCGAAUCUAAAACAAAAAUACAGAAAAUCACAUUGUAUGAUUAAGUAAUUAAUUAGCAUUUUAUUGCAUUACAAGUAUUUGAUACAUCAGAAAAGCAGAACUUAAUAUUUGGUAUAGAAACUUGUUUGCAAUUAGAGAUCACAUGUUUCCUGUAGUUCUUGACCAGGUUUGCACACACUGCAGCAGGGAUUUUGUCCCACUUCUCCAUACAGACCUUCUCCAGAUCCUUCAGGUUUCGGGGCAGUCGCUGGGCAAUACGGACUUUCAGCUCCCUCCAAAGAUGUUCUAUUGAGUUCAGGUCUGGAGACUGGCUAGACCACUCCAGGACCUUGAGAUGCUUCUUACGGGGCCACUCCUUAGUUGCCAUGGCUGUGUGUUUCGGGUCGUUGUAAUGCUGGAAGACCCAGCCACGACCCAUCUUCAAUGUUCUUACUGAGGGAAGGAGGUUGUUGGCCAAGAUCUCGCGAUACAUGGCCCCAUCCACCCUCCCCUCAAUACGGUGCAGUCGUCCUGUCCCCUUUGCAGAAAAGCAUCCCCAAAGAAUGCUUCCACCUCCAUGCUUCACGGUUGGGAUGGUGUUCUUGGGGUUGUACUCAUCCUUCUACCUACAAUACCUACAAACACAGCGAGUGGAGUUUAGACCAAAAAGCUCUAUUUUUGUCUCAUCAGACCACAUGACCUUCUCCCAUUCCUCCUCUGGAUCAUCCAGAUGGUCAUUGGCAAACUUGCAACGGGCCUGGACAUGCACUGGCUUGAGCAGGGGGACCUUGCGUGCGCUGCAGGAAUUUAAACCAUGAUGGCGUAGUGUGUUACUAAUGCUUUUCUUUGAGACUGUGGUCCUAGCUCUCUUCAGGUCAUUGACCAGGUCUUGCCGUGUGGUUCUGGGCUGAUCCCUCAUCUUCCUCAUGAUCAUUGAUGCCCCACGAGGUGAGAUCUUGCAUGGAGCCCCAGACCGAGGGUGAUUGACCGUUAUCUUGAAUUUCUUCCAUUUUUUAAUAAUUGCGCAAACAGUUGUUGCCUUCUCACCAAGCUGCUUGCCUAUUGUCCUGUAGCCCAUCCCAGCCUUGUGCAGGUCUACACUUUUUUUUAUCCCUGAUGUCCUUACACAGUUCUCUGGUCUUGGCCAUUGUGGAGAGGUUUGAGUGUGUGGACCGGUGUCUUUUUAUACAGGUGCAGUUAAUACAGGUAAUGAGUGGAGAACAGGAGGCCUCUUAAAGAAAAACUAACAGGUCUGUGAGAGCUGGAAUUCUAACUGUUUGGUAGGUGAUCAAAUACUUAUGCCAUGCAAUACAAUGUGAUUAUCGUUUUAGAUUCUGUCUCUCACAGUUGAAGUGUACCUAUGAUUAAAACAAGUCCAGACCUCUACAUGCUUUGUAAGUAGGAAACACUGAUUUUGCAGGUUAUCAAAUACUUGUUAUCCCCAAUGUGUGUGUAGAUAUCUCUAUCAAAAUGGCGUCAUAACAAUGACUCUUGUUACCUAACAUUCAGAGACGUGUUAUGGCGUCUAACAUUUGGUAUACCAAGUUUAUAACUUCUAUAAUGUUAUAGUUCAAGUAAAGUACCACUUAAACAAAGACUCAUUAGAUUAAAAUGUUUUGAUUUUCGUUUUAGUCACAAGUUCGGGUACUUUUGUGAAUCUUUGAAACAUUGUUACAGGCCAGUCAAUGUACUGCUUUAGAAUGUCUCGAUUCUUAAAUUGGUUGGAGAAUCCUAAUAAAGCUACUGGGCUACAGUAAAUGCUCUCCCCAAUUUUUAAUAUCACAGGUUUUUUGUAUUUUUCCUGUGAUGCCAACUAAGUUAAUGUGAACUUGACUCAAAUGAACCAAAGUGGUGUGGUAGUUUGUUCUUGUAGUUACUUUAGAAAUAUGUAUUGAAAUGUACAAUUAGUAUAACAUUCUCUUCAAUUGUUCUAUGACAAAGAACUAUGCCAACUGCUUUUGCUGACAACAAUAGUAAUGGACUUGAAGCCCAUUUGUAGUUUUACCAAAGACCUUUAUUGCUAUUAUGUUUCCUUUUAAUUAAAACAAAACUUACUUUUAGUAAUCUAAGCAAAUUGUUAACCUAAUUUGAAACAAACCUAACACCUAAUAUAGAUUUGGUGUGCAUUUACAGAAACUAAUGGCAUCACUGCUUUUUUGUAAAACAAAUGACUGGUCAGCAGCAUACACAUCAUUCUAAUUGGCAGUUGUCUACAGUGAAGGAAUUUCAGAAGUUAGUGACAUGUUAAUCUUAAGUGGCCAUAUAGAUGAGUACCAGUGGAGGCUGCUGAGGGGAGGAUGGCUCAUAAUAUUGUCUGGAACGGAGUGAAUGGAAUGGUAUGAUACCAUUUCACCGAUUCCGCUCCAGCCAUUACCACGAGCCUGUCCUCUCCAAUUAAGGUGCCACUGUGAUGAGUACUAUUUUGAAGUAUGUUUGUCUUUUCACUUUACAGCUAAAAUCUCAAUCAGUUUUAAAUAUUGAUGGUUGUGCACUACUUGUAUGCUGUCAGGAGUAUAGAUUAUACUUUGACUGUAAUGUGCUUUUGUUUUCAUUUGACUGGCGUUUUUCUUUGUUUUAAUUUACUGCAGUCAUUGGAAAGAUGGCGAUAGUGUAUCAUUUGUUUAUUGUUAGAUAUUUGAGUGAGUCAUUGACGGGUGAAAUGACAGAACUUGAUUUAUUUAAACCAGCAUCAAUGGCAGAUACAGAUGUGAGUAAGUUUAAGGAGCAACUCUUAUCACUCAUUUGUUCUUGGUCCUUAAGCCCUCUUCAAUGUGGCAUACUAAGUAUACAUCUCCCUUUUACACUGAAUAAGAAAAAAUGUAAGCUCAUAUUUUAUAAAUAUGGCUCUAAAUCAUUCAAUGUUAUGGCUAUAUUAAACUAAUGUUCUUUUACUAUGGACCCAUUUCAUUUUUAAAAAUUUUAUAAAUCUGUGCCUUUUGAUGUUAAUGUCAUAUUUUACCUGGCAUUUGAAGAGUAUUGCUCUUUUAAUGAGGGUAAAUUGUUAUUACAGUAAAACUGAAAAAUAAUCAAAAUUCUAGUGCCUUUAGAUAAUUGUAUGUACCAUAAUCUCCCCUAUUAAAUUCUGUGCUGGAUACCACUCAGAUGAGCUUUUUCGAUAUUAUCACUUAGCUUUGUCGCUCUGAAAAGUAAAGAAUUCUGUGUAAAGAGCUUGCAUUCAUAAGUGAUCAGAGAAGGGCCGUUUUGAACCUUAGAACCUUUGGGCAACCUUAGAAUGAUGAAUACUGCUUCUUCAUCUCAGUCUGUAUUUGCCAUAUCAUAUCACUCAUAACAUGCCACUAUACCUACCACCAAUAAAUAUGAUUAUUUCUGUACUCAUCUUUAUUGGCACAAGAAAAAAAGACAAUUACUGUUAAAGAGAAGCACCAAGUAGGACUCAUUGUUUUGUAAAUUUAAAUGUAAUUGAGAUGUAACAAUGCUCUGCAGUGGAUUAGCAAUCUAUUUUGCAUUUUUGUGAAGUGUUUGUUUCCUUGUUUUAUUAAAUAUUGUGAUCAUGGAACCUGAAGAUUUUAUGCAAUCUUGUACGUACAUAAAUGUAUGAAGCUGUUCCAAUUUUAGUAUGGGGGAAAAAAUGCAUAUUGCAGCAGAACUUCUGUAAAAACAUUUAAUUGUUCCCAAUAGUUAAUUUCAAUAUGUUAAUUUAACAUAGAAACCCUGAAAUAUUGAAUGUACCGUUCUAAAUGAGAGAUUUAAUAGGUCACUGGAAUAAAAUGGAGAGCAGUUCAUCCGUUAGCUAUGAUGAAGCAUCUAGUUUUGUGAAUUGCUAUACAAUGAAAUAAAUGUAAGACACAUGCAGUUUUCCGGUCUCUGUAUUUAUCAGUGUAGUGAUUUAAGGGGAGGGGGGAAUACAUUUGAUUUUCUCAGGGUUUCAGUUACGACUGUAGGAUAAAAGGUUUUUAAUUGUGAACUGUAGUUCAUAGAUGUAUUUACGUUGAUGUUGAUGGAAGUAGACAUUUGUAUUACGAAUGAGAAACAUGUCCCUUAUUUUGUUACAAAGUAUGGACAAAUAGGACAUUGUAUAUUGAAUUAGUAUUCAACUACUCCAUAGAAAUGAUCAAUGGGAGUUCACCUGUGUUAAAGUUCACCCUCUUUAUUGAAUCAAAGAAUGGCCUGAUUUGGCUUUUUACAAAAAAUUAAGUAGAAGGUAUUGAAUCUUUUGCUUGUAGAGUAUCAUUAACUUGUUCAAUUGUACUGCAACAUUAUGCAAUGGUUUACAUAAUUCACUAUUUGUAUCUUGGGAAUUAAAACCAUUUUUGAUCUUAAA